AUGGAACAGGGAGAGGAUCAAUUUUAUGAUACUCGCGAGGAAUUGUGUUCUGUCUCUGAUGGAGGUUCGGAUUAUUCAGAAUCAGAUGAAUCUAGUUCUGGUAAUAACGGACAUGUUACUAGGCACAAGGUUUGGGCAAAAGGGCUUGAAAGUGUUGACCGAAGACGCCUCAAUUUCUUGAGAUGGAUGGGUUUGGAGUCUGAUUUGAAUUAUUCAAUGAAGGGAGAGGAGUUGCAAGAUCGACCUUGUGGGAUUGACCGAAUCACUGCAACAAGUGGGGCGGUGUUGAGGACUUCUCUUACUGUUGAUGAGGGUCUUCCCUCAAUCUCAAACCAUAUUGUGUUGGAUUCCUUGUCUGGUGAGGCUUCCGGUUCCCAAGAAAAUAGGGAGACUUUGGCUUGUAUGAUAAGGAAUUUGGAUGAUGGAACACAGUAUAUUGUUGAUAAGCUGGGUCAGGAUGGAACUCUUAGUACACUGCGUGUUUUGGGUUCGAACCAAUCGAUUAGCUUGGAGGAGUUUCAGAGAAAUAUUGGGCCUUCAUCGAAGGUUCGCAGACAUUUGCAGAGAGAUGCAGAAAACACAAGGUUGUUGGGAAUUGGAAAAAGAAAAAUGAAGAGGGGAUGGCUAAGGAAACUGGAUUCUAUUUCUUGUUUUGUUCAUAAUCACGGGCUUGAUGAAACUAAAUGCAAAGACUGUGAUUCAGUGGAUAGAAGUGGGAUACAAAGAGUUCGAGUUCAUUCUUAUAAGAAGCGGUUUAAGGAGCUUUCCUCCCUUUACACUGAGCAGGAGUUUAAAGCACAUAAGGGUGUUAUUUUGACAAUGAAGUUCAGUCUUGAUGGAAAAUAUCUGGCUAGUGGUGGUGAAGAUGGCAUUGUACGUGUAUGGAAGGUGGUUGAGGAUGAGAGAUCAAGUGAACUUGACAUUCUGGACAAUGAUCCGUCAAAUAUAUAUUUCAAAAUAAAUAAUUUUUCUUGUGUUGCUCCCCUUGGUGUAGAUAAAGAGAAAUUAGUUAAAACAGAGAAGUUGAGGAGAUCCUCUGAAGCAACUUGUGUGAUUCUCCCACCGAGGACCUUCCGCAUAUCGGCAAAACCUAUGCAUGAGUUCCAAGGGCACAGUGGUGACAUUUUGGACCUUGCUUGGUCGAAAAGAGGGUUUCUACUGUCAUCCUCUGUUGAUAAGACAGUGCGCCUAUGGCAUGUGGGAAUUGACAGAUGUCUUAGAGCUUUCUCCCACAACAAUUAUGUGACAUGUGUCAAUUUCAAUCCCGUCAAUGAUAAUUUUUUCAUCAGUGGCUCAAUUGAUGGAAAAGUUCGCAUCUGGGAAGUUGUUCACUGUAGGGUUAGUGAUUACAUUGAUAUCAGGGAGAUAGUCACAGCUGUGUGCUUCCGCCCUGAUGGAAAGGGCACAAUUGUGGGUACCAUGGCAGGCAAUUGCCGUUUCUAUGAUAUCCUAGAUAAUCAUCUGCAAUUGGAUGCUCAGUUGUGUUUACGUGGCAAAAAGAAGACAUCGGGGAAAAGGAUCACUAGCUUUCAGUUUUCACCGAGUGACCCAAGCAAAUUAUUGGUUGCUUCUGCUGAUUCACAUGUCUGUAUACUUUCUGGAGUUGACAUAAUCUACAAAUUCAAGGGCCUAAGAAGUGCAGGUCAGAUGUAUGCAUCCUUCACUACUGACGGGAAACAUAUAAUCUCGGCUAGCGAGGAUUCAAAUGUAUGUAUCUGGAAUUACACUGGCCAUGAUAGGAGUACCUCCAAAGCAAAGAAAAUUUGGUCUUCAGAGAGUUUUCUCUCCCACAACGCAGCAAUAGCUGUACCAUGGUGUGGCAUUGAGUCAAUGCCAGGAACACUCUUAUCCCCGUCGUUAGGAGAUGAUGCAAAUCAAAGGUGUUCGCUGCCUUCACCUGAUUGUUUCUUCUUGAGUCGGGGUUUUCUGUCAGAAUUGAUCCCAAAGGUUUCCGCAACAUGGCCUGAGGAGACACUUGUGGACUCAAGUCAAACCCAAACUGUUGUUUCUCCUACAAUGUGUAAAUCAGAGUACAAGUUCUUGAGAAGUGCUUGCAAGGGAAUGUCUAAUUCCCACUUGUGGGGCCAAGUGAUUGUGACAGCAGGAUGGGAUGGAUACAUAAGAGUGUACCAGAAUUAUGGAUUACCUGUUCGUGGCUGA